UAAUAGUGUGCGAUAAUGGGAAGCAGUUGACGAGCAACAUGUUUAGAGGAUUGGCCAAGGAGUUUGGAAGCCAAUUAUGGUUUAAUUGUAAGUACCAUCCUCAAGUGAAUCCUGUGGAAAGGGUAAACAAAGUAGUAGGAGCUGCGAUACGCUCAUACAUAAAAGAUAAGCGACAUGACAAGUGGGAUUCUAACAUCCACGAGAUUGGCUACGCGUUGAGAACAGCCGUCCACGAAUCGACAGGAUACACUCCCGUUUUUUUGAAUUUCGGCCGUUUUGUACCAGUACACGGGUUACUGUACGGUAAGGACGAGAACCUACACCAGUUCGAUCUUCAACCCACUUUCAGGGAUAUUUAUGCGGAAAGUAUGGAUCGUUUAUUGCCAUUGUACAACGAGGUAAAGAGGAAACUUGAUAAGGCGUAUCACAGAAAUUGUCAUUAUUAUAAUCUAAGGAGACGCGAGGCACCUUUGUAUGCCGUUGGUGAUACGGUGUGGAAGAAAAAUUACGUUUUGUCAGAUGCUUCUAAAAGAUAUGCCGCUAAAUUGGAACCGAAAUUCGUGAAGUGCAAGAUUGCAGAAGUCCUUUCACCUCUAGUGUACCGAUUAACGACAGAGAAUGGUGUGGAUCUUGGGAGAUACCAUACCAAGGAUCUGAAACCUGAUCAGACAAGAAACUCGGAUUAGACGCUGUGAGGAAGGUGAGGAGUGCAUGAAGAAGAACGAUAGAUCUCGUGAAUGGAGUGUGAACGGCACUAGUGUCGAGGUUGGCA